AUGUCCAACACCGCCAACACUGUCCUCGACUUCCAGUCGGCGCCUGUCAACCCUCGUGGCCAGCCCACAUCGGAGCUCGCCCACACAGAAUAUGACGACGACAAGAAGUUCAACAGCGAGGAUAUCACCGUACCGGUGACCUCGUCGGUCAGCCGUGGACGGGAUGAGAUGGAUAUGGAGUUGGUCCCUACGGAGGAGGAUUUGUUGACGCUGAGGAAGGUCGCUGCUCCCUUGCCGUGGGCUGGUGUUGCCAUGUGCUUGAUCGAGUUUGCCGAGCGCGCCUCCUACUACGGCUGCCGUGGUCCCUUCAACAACUUCAUCAACCGUCCCCUCCCCGUUGGUGGUAACGGUGCCGGUGCCGUCGCACCUGGUGCUGCCGGUCUCAACCAGUCCGCUGGUGCCCUCGGUCGUGGUUCCGUCACUGCCACCGCCCUCGUCCAGAUGUUCAACUUCCUCGCGUACGUCAUGCCCAUCAUCGGCGGUAUCGUCUCGGACACCAAGUGGGGUCGGUUCAAGACCAUCGUCAUCGGUACCGCCGUCGGCGGUCUUGCCCACAUCAUCCUCGUUAUCCCUGCCAUCCCCUCCAUCAUCUCCAACCCUGACGGCUCCCUUGCGGCCUUCAUCAUUUCCAUCCUCGUUCUCGCUGGUGCCGCUGGCUUCAUUAAGCCCUGUCUCGGGCCCCUCCUCUGCGACCAGUCCCCCGUCCGUCACCCCACGCUCAAGGUUCUGCCUUCCGGCGAGCGCGUCAUCGUCGACCCCACCACCACUGUCCAGCGGUACCUCCUCGUCUUCUACUGGUGCAUCAACGUCGGAUCCUUCUUUGCCGUCGCCACCACCUACUCGGCCCGUCUCGUCGGGUUCUGGCUCGCCUUCCUCCUCCCCGGUAUCAUCUACCUCAUGAUGCCCGUCGUCCUCGUCAUGGUCUCCAAGAAGCUCUACAAGGCGCCUCCUCAGGGCUCGGUCGUCGUCGAGGUCGGCAAGGUCUUCGGUCGUCUUCUGGCCGAUGGCGGGUGGAAGCGUAUGUGGAAGGGAGGUGACGCCUUCUGGGACCGUGCUCGUCCCUCGGUUAUUGCCGAGCAGGAGGGUGGUCUGGACGUGACCAAGGUGUUCUGGGACGACAAGUUUGUCGACGAGAUCCGCCAGACCCUCAACGCCUGCGCGGUCUUUGCCCUCAUCCCCAUCUUCACCCUCGGUAACGGCGGUAUCGGGAACUCGGCCAACUCCAUGUCGGGCGCCAUGACCCUCAACGGUGUCCCCAACGACCUGAUCGACAAGUUCAACCCCCUUGCCAUCAUCAUCUUUGCCCCCAUCCUGAACUUUGGUCUCUACCCCCUCUUUGCGCACUACGGCCGUCCCAUCAAGCCCAUGACCCGCAUGGCCAUCGGUUUCCUCCUCGCGUGCUUCUCGGACAUUAUUGCCGCCAUCGUUCAAUGGCGGAUCUACGCCCUCUCGGCGUGCGGCUACUACGCGUCCACCUGCGCCACCGUUACCCCCGUCUCCAUCUGGCUUCAAAUCCCCAUCAUCAUGGUCCCCGCGGUCGGAGAGCUUUUCGUCAACGUCACCUCGUACGAGCUGGCCUACACCCGGUCGCCCGCACGCAUGAAGGCCCUUGUCUACGCCUUGGCCCUCUUCAACUCGGCCGUCGCUGCUGCCAUCUCCCUCGCGUGCUCCAAGGCCAUCCAGGACCCGUACCUCAUCUACCCCUGGAUUGCCCUCGCCUGUGCCACCUUCCUCUGCUCCAUCCUCUUCCCCACCUACUUCAAGCACCUCAACAUCCCCAUGACCGAGUUUGCCGACAAAGACCGUAUGGCGGGUAACGAUCAGCCCCAGGCGAUUCUGGACAAGAAGGCGAGGGGCGAUGAGGACAUGUAG